AUGGACGGGUCAUCACUAGCGAUAUCAGCCCGGAAUCCAUCUGAAGCACGUGCUGAAUCGACUUCAUUACCACCUCCGAAGUUGAAGGGAAACAAGGCUCAUCUACAGUUGACUCAAGAAAUUACGAGCUUAGACAAUGAUAAUUUAAGAGACUAUGUUACAGGUCAAUCGAAAGAACAUUAUAAGGAAGACCCAAAAAAACUACAGGUGGACACCGUCUGUAAUCUUGCUCGAGGGUAUCACAGCUUUGUCCUUGCUGGAACUGGAUACGGAAAGUCAAGGAUAGCAGAGCUUUACUACCACAUGUAUGCACCACAAAGGAAGCCAGUGGUGCUUGUACUCAAUCCGUUGGAUUCUUUGGGGGAAGAUCAAAGCCCGGAAGUCUUCCUAAACAACGAAUUGUUUACAGAGCUAUACUUUAGCAGCGAAUUUCAAAGCCGACUUGUCCUGAUUGUUCUGGACGAGGCGCACAUGGUUUACGUGUGGGGGCUGGUCGAAUCGGGGAAAGCGAAGUUUCUGUCAGUACGGGAUCGACUCCAAGACUAUGGAAUUUUUCGGCCGUCGUAUGGAAAGCUGGGAGAUCGAUUGAUGGCUACGAGUGAUGUGCCAAUAUUGCUACUGUCGGCAACCUGCCGCCCUGUUGCUGUUGAAUCGAUCUUAGGCAGCUUGAUGCUUAAACGGGUCGAUGUUACUUUCUUCCAUGGAGAACUUGUACGAAACGAAAUCCGAAUCCUGAGGUUCUACAUGGACUAUCCACUCAAAUCUUGCGAAGAUCUGUUAAGAAUGUUCUCAAAGGAAGCUGAAAUAUCAGAUGACAACUUAAUUCCUACCUUGAUUUACUCUGGAACUCGAAAAGCCACCCUAAGUGUGAUUGAUGUUCUGAACAAAGCAAGAGGGAAAAAGAGAAAGGAUUACGAUAGUGCAAGCAAAUUUGUCAGACGCUAUCAUGCCUGUACCGGAAACGAAGAUAAGCUAGACUGCACCAAAGAUUUCGAGAACGAGGAUUUUCCGAUCUUUUCAAGUACAAUGGCACUUGGCCUGGGUCAGAAUUGGAAGCGAGUGAGGUGUGUCAUACACAUUGGCCGAGGCGAUCCGUCAAUGAUCAGCCAAAUGAUGGGGCGUUGCGGACGAGAUGGACGACCGGGGUUAGCGAUCUUAUUCAUGGAGCGGAAGAGAAAGAACGGAAAGAAUGCGGUGAAGGAUUUUGGAAGUGGGAAAGAACAGCUCACCGACGAUGAUCGUAUGGACUAG